UCUAACUGCCUUCAAGAAGCAGAGGACUGUUUGACACAGAUUUCAUCUUCUGCUCCAGCUACGACUUGGAACUUUAAAGGUUGUUGUUAAAAUUCGUCUGGAAAUGGCACCGGGUGUUUCCAGUUGUCAUCGUCGUGAGGUUCCUCCGUCCAUCUCCUUCUCCGGGUCGGGAUUCAUGGCUACCUACCAGUUAGGGGUGGCCCAGUCCCUCUUAACGUAUGCGCCGUGGAUGCUGAGCACAGCGCCUUGUGUUCUGGGGGCAUCUGCGGGUUCUUUGGUUGCAGCCGCCGUAGUGUGUGGAAUGAGCAUGAUUAAUAUUCGGGAUGAGAUGCUCUAUUUUGCCAAACAGAUGAAGGCUUUUGCACUUGGACCGUUUAAUCCCUCAAUUAAUGUCUUCCACUGGUUAGAGCAUAUUUUACACAAACAUCUUCCCAGUGAUGCACACAAGCUGGCUAAUGGGCGUCUCUAUGUGUCCAUGACACGCCUGAGUGAUUACAAACAUAUUGUAAUGUGUGAGUUCCAAUCCAAAGAGGACGUUGUGCAGGCUUUGCUAUGCAGCUGCUUUGUGCCCGGGUACUGCGGUAUGGUGCCUCCAUCCUUCAAAGGAGAAUAUUACGUGGAUGGGGGAUUCAGCAGCAUGCAGCCAGUGGCACAUGCGCAGGCUGCACCGUACGGUGGAACGUUGACGGUGUCUCCGUUCUCUGGAGAGAUGGACAUCUGUCCCUCCGACACACCGUGCACGUGGGACAUGGUGGUGAGUGGCUGCACCUUAAAGGGAAACAUGGCCAACUGCAUCAGAAUCGCUAAUGCUCUCUACCCUUUCGCUUUAGAGACUCUGGAACAAGCCUACCACAACGGCUACGAGGAUGCUACUCAUUUCCUUCAGAACAACGUUGUCUCGUAUUUGAUGAUACACAAAGCGCCCCAAGGGUUUCUUAACUGUAACCGGACGUGGACGAGUCUAGAGACUGGCAUGAAGGCAGAGGAGGAGAGGAAGGAGGAAAAGGAGGCCGCUGCACUGACGACCUUUAUAACCGAUAGCUGUAUGCAGAAAGGCAGCCCUGACGAGGGUGAACUGUACAAAAGUCCAACGAUCAAAGAACCCCCCCUCGAUUUUGACGUCGUUAAGAAUGUCCUGUUGGGAAACGUUGGGACCUAUCUGAGCAUGUUCGGGCUCCCUGCAAGAAUAUUGUCCCACCUGCUCCUUCCUCUCAUGCUGUCGUUCUACCUGUUACUCCGCGGUAGGCACAGACUGGAGAUGUUAUUCCGGCAGGUUCCUGAGUUUGCGUUCUGGGCUUGGCAUGGACUGAGACAUUUUACAUUAUUUCUUUUCAACAUAUCUGUCUGUACCAUCAAGAAGAACAUAGAAGACAGGGUGAUGCCCCCCAUCCUGCUGUGGCAGUGGCUGAUAAAAGUCCAAUUUGAAAAGCUCAACUCCUCCUCAAUAUAACUUUCUUUCUUUUCCCAUUGGGAAGAUCACAGGAUAAGAAUAUACUAAUACUGUACCAUAUGUAGAGAAGGCCAAUGAUUUCAUUUUUUUAGUUCACCCAGCAGAAAUGUAAACACUGUAUUCUUUGAAUAGCUGCUCACCUGUAUUUAGUAACACUACACUUUUUGGAGUGCAUGUUUCCUUUAGAGAGAACGAUGACGUUUCUCAAAGUUCAGGUUACGUUUGAUUUCACACGUGACGGCUCCUCCAAUCCACUAGGUGGCCCUGUGUCCUAUUUCCUGGCUCUUUUGUCGUACAUGUAAAGGUGGGGUUCAGGGGUUAGGGUUCUCUCUCUAUCUCUACUGUGCCACAUAAACGUUCAUUACUGAAUAGUCACUUCCGUUACUUUGUAAAUAUAUAAAAUAAUAAAUGUAUCACUUUG